CUCUCGGGGCGCCGCGGUUCCUGUCGCCUGCUGGUCCGUUCGUUGGUUGUCCCGCUAGGGGCCGCUCUAGCCGACGUCUCGGCGGCGAUGCGAGGGAACUGCGCUGUUGCUGCUGCUGCUGCUGCUGCUGCCGCGGCCCGCCCGCCGCCAUAUUGGAGCUCGCGCCGCAGCAGAAGCUCUUGCGUCUUUGGCAACGGCGCAGCCCUCCCCGCCCCGCCCGCCAUGGCGACGAGGCGCCUGGACUGGCCCUGAAGGAAGCCCGAGGCCCUCGUCGCAGUAGGGAAGCCGGACAGGCCCUGAGGCACCGUCGCGCCGCGCCCGCCCGCCGCCCCCUCGGCCGCAACAUGGAGGCCGUGAAAGCCUUCAACGGCGAGUUGUACUCGUUGAAUGACUACAAACCUCCUAUUUCAAAGGCAAAAAUGACACAGAUUACGAAGGCAGCAAUCAAGGCCAUCAAGUUCUACAAACAUGUGGUACAGAGUGUUGAGAAAUUCAUUCAAAAGUGUAAACCAGAAUACAAGGUUCCUGGUUUGUAUGUCAUUGACUCUAUUGUUCGACAGUCUCGACAUCAAUUUGGGCAAGAAAAGGAUGUGUUUGCACCUAGAUUUAGCAAUAACAUCAUUAGCACUUUUCAGAACUUAUAUCGCUGCCCUGGGGAUGACAAGAGUAAAAUUGUUCGAGUGCUGAAUUUAUGGCAAAAGAAUAGUGUGUUCAAAAGUGAAAUUAUCCAGCCUCUACUUGAUAUGGCAGCAGGAAUUCCUCCUCCAGUUGUGACACCUGUCUUGCCUGGGACAACAGCUACUAUGAGUAACAAUACUCCAGGAACUCCAGUGACGCCAGCUACACCUGCCAAUGUGAUCCAGAGUUUACCUGAUCCUUGGGUGUCUCAGAUAACUAAUACAGAUACUCUUACUGCAGUAGCACAGAUCCUACAGAGUCCACAAGGCCAACAGCUUCAGCAGUUAAUACAAACAUUACAAAUGCAGCAGCAGAAACCACAGCCAUCACUGCUUCAGGCACUGGAUGCUGGACUUGUUGUUCAGUUGCAAGCCCUCACUGCGCAACUUACAGCUGCCGCCACCGCCAAUACCCUUAAUCCGCUAGAACAGAGUGUCUCUUUUAAUAAGAAGCUGAUGGAUAGGUUUGGGGAUUUUAGAGAGGAUACUGAUAUUAACGAAGAACCUAAAAAAGAAACUGCAACUUCUAAACUGCCCCUUGUACCUGAAUCUGUGAACAACUCACUUUUUCAUCAGCUAGCUGAACAAUUACAGCAGCAGAACCUGGAACAUCUUCGCCAGCAGCUUCUGGAGCAGCAGCCAACAAAAGCUAGCCCUGAGGAAACACAAGAAGAAACUUUUGGUUCAGAGCAUUCAGCAUCCCCUUCACAAGACAGCAGCCAUCAGCAGUUUUUAGAAGUUCAACCAAAUCUUGAUAGUACAAUGGAUGUUCAACAACAGGAUAUGGACAUAGAUGAAGGCCAAGAAGUUGUUGAACAGGAAGUUUUUGAGCAAGAGGAGAAGAAAGCAGCAGUCAUUUCAAGAUCAAGAACACGUUCAAGAUCUCGUUCAAGAUCUCCAAGGAAAAGAAGAUCCAGAUCGCGUUCUGGAUCUCGAAAGCGUAAGCAUAGGAAGCGUUCACGCUCUAGAUCAAGGGAAAGAAAAAGGAAGUCCUCAAGAUCAUACUCAAGUGAAAGAAGAGCUAGAGAGAGGGAAAAAGAACGACAGAAAAAAGGAUUACCUCCUAUUCGAUCCAAAACACUAAGUGUCUGCAGUACCACACUUUGGGUUGGUCAGGUGGACAAGAAAGCAACACAGCAGGAUUUAACCAAUUUAUUUGAAGAAUUUGGACAAAUCGAGUCUAUUAAUAUGAUCCCUCCCAGAGGUUGUGCUUAUGUCUGCAUGGUUCAUAGACAAGAUGCCUACCGUGCUCUUCAGAAACUAAGCUCUGGAUCCUACAAGAUCGGAUCUAAAAUUAUCAAGAUUGCAUGGGCAUUAAAUAAAGGAGUGAAAACAGAAUAUAAACAGUUUUGGGAUGUGGAUCUUGGAGUUUCAUACAUACCUUGGGAAAAAGUUAAAUUGGAUGAUUUGGAGGGCUUUGCAGAAGGAGGCAUGAUUGAUCAGGAAACAGUAAAUAAUGAAUGGGAAACAACAAAAAGCUCAGAGACUGUAAAAGAACCUGUGCCGAUAACGCAGAGUACAACUGUUGAAAAGACCUCUGUUGUAACAACACAAACAGAAACAUACACACAGUCUGUCGCUAUGCUACAGAUUCCUGUAGCACCAGCUGUGCCAGCUGUGAGUUUAGUUCCACCAGCGUUUCCUGUUGCAAUGCCUGUACCUCCUCCUGGCUAUAGUUCAAUUCCGCCCCCGCCCUUCUUGAGAGCAAGCUUCAACCCUUCACAGCCACCUCCUGGUUAUAUGCCUCCUCCGGUUCCACCACCUGGUCCUCCACCUGUAGUUCCAACAUCUCUUGUACAGCCUUCACUACCAAUUGCUCAAGAGUCACUGAAAGAUUUCAACAGCCUUGUUCUACCAGUGGGUACUGUUUCAAGUAGUCUUACCACCUCAACAUUAUCUGCUGGAAGUGUCUUCACUCCUCUUUCAAGUAGUUGCUCUGAUGUGGAUGAAAAAGGCUCUCACCUUGCAGACGUUCAGAUCUCAUCUAGUGAAAACAGAGCCAUGCAAGAUGAUGUUUCAAGUAGUUCUGGACUCAUUGGAGGAGCUCAGCCGCCUUGUGUUUCAACCACUUCUGGACUUGGAGGAGGAAUCCGGUCAUCAAGUGUCUCAAGUAGUUCUGGGCUCGUACAGCCGCCCAGUGUCUCAAGCAGCUCUGGGCUUCUGACAAGACUGCAGCCAUCCGUUGCAUCAAACAGUUCCGGGCUUCUGACUGGUGUUCAGCCUCCAAGUGUGUCAAGCAGCUCUGGGAUGUUAGCAGGACUCCAGCCCAUGAGUGUCUCAAGCAGCUCCAGCCUUCUAAUGGGACUUCAGCCACCAAUAGUGUCAAGUAACUCUGGAAUUUUGUCAGGAGGCCAGCCUCCGAUGGUGUCAAGUACUUCUGGGCUUUUGACAGCACUUCAACCACCUAUUGUAUCAAGCAACUCUGGCCUUCUGGGAUUGCCACCACCAAUUGUCUCAAGUGGUUCUGGACUGCUAGGAUUACCACCACCAAAUAUUGCCAGUGGUUCUGGAUUAUUAGGGCUGCAGCCACCCGCUGGAAUUCAAACUAUGCCCCAUUUAACACUUGCUAGUCAACGGUUGCCUGGAAUGCCUCUAGUUGAUAUCCGCUCAGGACUAAUGGCACAGCCACCUGGGCCAAGAUUUCCAUUGCUACAGCCUGGAAUACCACCACAGCGUAGCAUUCCUCCUCCAGCUAUCCUUGACCCAUCGCUUCCUCCACCCAGAGGUUCUUUCCUUUCAGGAGACCUUUUUACUCAAACAGAGAGACCAUUUGGCAAUUGUGGUAGGCAAACAAUUGACAACCUUUCUAAUCCAGAUAAAAGAUUGCCACUUGGAGAUGACAGCAUUCAACAAGAGGGAGAUAGAGAUUACCGCUUUCCUCCAGUGGAAAAUAGAGAGAACCUUAAUCGGUCAUCCCAAGGAGAUAUUAGAGAGUCUGUUGGCAGGCCACCAUUAGAUCCCAGAGAGGGUCUUGGAAGACCUUCCGUAGAUGGAAGAGAACAUCUUGCCAGGCCAAACCUAGAUUUAAGAGAGAACUUUGGAAGACCCGGCAUGGAUAACUUCAGUAGGAGGGACUAUUUUGCUUUCAAUUCAGAUAAGCAUUGGGGACAAAGAGGAGAUUAUGAUGAAAGAGAGUGUCGUGUUUUUCCUGCAUAUGGUGGUCUUAAACCUUUCCAGGAAGACAGAGAGAGGUUUCGACAAACCAAUUUUCGAUUUGAACCUCGUGGUGGUCCUAGCUGGAACAGAGGACUUGAACAAGAUACUCACAGAGACUUUGAUGACCGCCGCAGACCAUGGGAAAGACAAAGGGACAGAGAUGAUAGAGAUUUUAAUUUUGGUAGAGAAAUUAAUGGAAAUAGGUUUGGAAGAGAAAGAAUACAGAACAACUGGAUACCCCCUCCGCAUCCAAGAGUAUUUGAAUAUUUUGAAGGUGGCACUUCUCAAGAAAAAGCUGACAGUAUGCCCCAAAUUAAUGGUGAAAACACAGAGACAGAAAGUCAGCCAUCUGGUGUGGAAGUACAGGAUGAAUCGGAACUGUUUGAAAAGCUGACACCUUCAGGUGACACAAACAAAGAGAAGAGUGACACAGAAGCUGAAUUAGAAAGUGAACCAGUGGUAGAAAGCACAGAAACUGAGGGGACAUAAUCAUCACUCACUGCAAGAAGCAAAAGACAUGUUCUCAUGGGUAAUUCAGAAAGCCAGUACAGCCCUCAGGGAACGAAGAAUGUUGGUAAUUCUCUGCCUGGUGCCAAGCAGAAGCCUUGUUCGCUGAAAAUCCGUAGCAUCCAUUCGAAAGAUGAGAAAUCCGUACAUGGAUGGGGUCAUAGUACCAAUGGCACAAACUACAAAUCCCGAUCAUUAGCCAGAAGCUGCCUCUCUCAUUUCAAGAAUACCCAGCCUUAUUCUUCAAGACUCAGUGAUGCAACAGCAAAAACCUCUAAGAUUAGCAGCCAUGCCAAACACCGAACUCACACCUCAGAGAGUUAUGACCAAGAAAGUAAUAAUGCAUUUUUGCCCGAGAAUGGUUUCCACUAUAUAGAUAUUGAACCUACAAACGACCAUGUUGCUUCCAGGGAAUGUAAUGGGCAUUUCUUAAAUUGCUAUGGAAAGAAAGAGAGCCCCCCAUCAGAUGACAGAAUGAGUCCAAAGGUUCUCAUUAAGACUCUGGGGAAACUAGAUGGAUGUUUGAGAGUUGAAUUUCACAACAGCAGCAGCAACAGCACAGUUUCCAGAGAGGAAUCUACUGGACCAGUACAACUCUUGCGGUAUUCACCUGCUUCAGAGUCUGAAAAAAAUAACAUACUUGAAGGGAAAGAAACAUCUAGCACAGAUUAUCCUGGAAGCCAUCGGCUGUCAGCCACCGACUCAAGACUUAGAUCCAGUAAAGGGAGCUCCAUUAGUUCAGAGUCUUCGUGGUAUGAUGCUCCAUGGGGCAAUAAUGGGGAUAUGAAUGAACUGGAUGGGUCGUACAUGUCCAGGAGCACUCCUGAUGCAAGUAUCCAAGUCAGUUUUCCCCAGAGUGACUGCAAGAAACCAUUGAACCAAAGUUCAUCUCUUUCUUCCCUACGUGAUUUAUAUAGGAAUUCAAAUCUUAGGAGCUGCCAAGCUUCUGAUAUUGGGCUUUCUGCAGAUUUCAUCAAUACUCGUGCUGGUUCAAGCAAUCGUGUUUCAUUUACCUCCACCGUAGAUUUUUCUUCUGAGGCAGAAGAACACAGAGGACCUCUGCACUAUUCUUCCUAUACUCUCCCCUGCAGGAAAUCUUCAGCACUCAGUGAGGAUGCAACAAAGAAGGAAACAUUAAAAAGCCGUAUGCGGCGGAUCAGUGAUUGGACAGGAAGCCUGUCAAGAAAAAAGAGGAAGCUACAGGAACCAAAAUGUAAGGAUACAACAGAAUACUUUGAAGCUGGAGUUGAAAGUCUUUCUCCAGAUACCCUUCUUGUUCCUUCCCAUCUCAUUGCUUCUCCUUGGUCCCAUGGGUCUGGCCAGAUCUUUUCCCAGAGAAGUGAAUCUGCCAGUGGACUCAGUAGUGAUGUUCUGAGGCAGAACAUUUAUGAGAACUUCAUGCGGGAGCUUGACCUGAGCAGGACCAACAUGGAAAACAUGGACACUUUCACAGAAACAGAGGACUCGAGCAGUGAGUCACUUAGCUCCUUGGAACAGUUAGAUUUGUUGUAUGAGAAGGAGCAAGGAGUUGUUCGUAAAGCUGGGUGGCUUUUCUUCAAACCUCUUGUGACCCUGCAGAAAGAGAAGAAGCUUGAGUUGGUUACACGAAGAAAAUGGAAACAAUACUGGGUUACCCUGAAAGGAUGCACCCUGCUGUUUUAUGAGACUUACGGGAGAAGUUCCAUGGAGCAGAACAUCUCACCCAGAUAUGCUCUGUUUGCAGAAGACAGUAUAGUGCAGUCUUGUCCUGAACACCCUAAAAAGGAGAAUGUUUUUUGUCUCAGCAAUUCUUUUGGAGAUGUCUACUUAUUCCAGGCUACAAGCCAGACUGACCUUGAAAACUGGGUUACCGCCAUACAUUCAGCUUCUGCUUCCCUCUUUGCAAAGAAACUUGGGAAAGAAGAUACAGUUAGGUUGCUGAAAAAUCAGACUAAAAGCCUUAUCCAAAAGAUUGACAUGGACAGCAAGAUGAAAAAGAUGGCUGAACUGCAACUCUCGAUUGUUAGUGAUCCUAAAAACAGGAAAGCAAUUGAGAACCAGAUCCAACAGUGGGAGCAGAAUCUAGAGAAGUUCAACAUGGAUCUUUUUAGGAUGCGUUGCUAUCUUGCCAGUCUACAAGGCGGGGAGUUACCAAAUCCAAAAAGUCUUUUGGCUGCUGCCAGUCGACCUUCAAAGAUGGCACUAGGGAGACUUGGCAUAUUCUCAGUCUCAUCCUUUCAUGCACUGAUCUGCUCCAGGGAUGAAGCAGCUCUUAGGAAGCGUACUCUAUCUUUGUCUCAGAGGGUAAGGAGCAAGAAGGGUCUGUUUUCCUCUCUUAAGGGAUUGGACACUCUUGCAAGAAAAACAAAAGAGAAAAGACCAUCCAUUACACAGAUUUUUGACUCAGCUGGCGUGCAUGGAUUUAGUGGAACACAGCUACCUCAGAUUUCCAGUAAUUCUACUGAGAAAGUUGAUGAAUUUCUAAAUGUAUACUGCUCUGCUCCGGAAGGUACUACAAAAGAAAAUAUCUGGGACAUCCAAUCACUUGUUCGCUUUCCUGAUGGCCAAGUGUUACUGCUAACUCUCAAGUCAGAACACAGAGUAGAGGAUGUUUUGACAACCGCAUGCAAGAUUAAGCAGUUGGAACCAAGAUACCACGGUUUACACCUUAGAAGACAUAUUGAUGAAAAUAUUGAGCAGUACAUUCCUGAAGCUUAUGAAUACAUCCAAGAUCAGAUAUAUGAUGAAAUAGAAAUAUUUCCUUUGAGUUUCUUCCAUGUCCAACUCACUAAGAGUGAUGGUGUAGCUGAUUUCGGAUUUGCAGUAACUGCACAAGUUGAUGAUCAAGAGCAUCUCAGCCAUAUCUUCGUGAGUGAUGUUCUUCCUGAUGGGAUGGCUUACAGGGAAGGGCUGCGUGUUGGCAACGAAAUCUUGGUUAUAAAUGGAGAGUCUGUAUCUGAUCUUGACCUCAGGCAGAUGGAGUUAUUGUUCUCUGAGAAAAGUGUGAAACUGACUUUGACUACAAAUAUCAGCUGCCAUGCAAAUGCAUUAUGCACCACAUGGUCAGAUGGGGAUGUUUCCAGGGAAGGAAGAAACUUGUUGCCCCCUCCUAACCAGUCUCAACUCCUGGAAGAAUUUCUGGAUAACUUCAAGGAAAAUACAACAAAUGAUUUUAGCAAUGUGCCCGAUGUUACCACAAGUCUCAGAAGGAGCAGUACGGAUGGCGUUCUAGACCAGAUUCCUCAGAGGGAGAAACUAGAGUUGCCUUUCAAGAGUGCUGAACAAAUUUCAAUGUUGUGCCCACACUUCCAUGAAGCUCAUGUAAAUGGUAUGGAAGCAGUAAAAGACAUCCCCCCGGUAAAGCCACUGACACGACAACUUACAGAUGCUGACAGACUCCGAAAGGUUAUUCAAGAGCUUAUGGACACAGAGAAAUCCUAUGUAAAGGAUCUGAGCUGUCUCUUUCAAUUGUACUUGGAGCCUCUUCAAAGUGAGACCUUCCUAACUCAAGAUGAGAUGGAGUCUUUGUUUGGGAGUCUGCCAGAGAUGCUGGAUUUUCAAAAAGUAUUUUUAGAGACCUUGGAAGAUGGAAUAUCAUCUUGUUCUGAUUUUAACACACUUGAAACUCCGUCACAAUUCCGGAAACUUCUAUUCUCUUUGGGAGGUUCUUUCCUAUAUUAUGCUGACCAUUUCAAAUUGUACAGUGGAUUCUGUGCAAAUCACAUCAAAGUCCAGAAAGUUCUUGAGCGAGCCAAAACAGAUAAAGCCUUUAAGGCCUUUCUGGAUGAUCACAACCCUACUAAGCAGCAUUCCUCCACAUUGGAGUCUUUUCUCAUCAAGCCAGUUCAAAGAGUGCUGAAGUACCCACUUCUCCUGAAAGAACUGGUAUCCCUGACAGACCCUGAGAGUGAGGAGCACUACCAUCUCACAGAAGCCUUAAAAGCAAUGGAAAAGGUGGCCAGUCACAUCAAUGAAAUGCAGAAAAUUUAUGAGGAUUAUGGAGCAGUGUUUGACCAGCUGGUUGCAGAUCAGAGUGGAACUGAGAAGGAGGUCACAGAACUUUCUAUGGGAGAGCUCCUUUUGCACUCUACACUGUCAUGGCUGAAUCCAUUCCCAUCAUUAAGUAAAACAAGAAAGGACUUGGAACUCACUGUGUUUGUGUUCAAAAGGGCUGUCAUUCUGGUAUACAGAGAGAACUGCAAACUCAAGAAGAAGUUGGCAACCAAUGUCCGUGCUACCCAUAAUCAUGGUGAUCUGGACUUGUUUAAAUUCCGUUGGUUGAUUCCUUUGUCUGCACUUCAAGUUCGACUGGGAAAUACAGCAGGAACGGAAAACAACUGCAUUUGGGAACUAAUUCAUACGAAGUCAGAAUUGGAAGGAAGACCUGAAACAACCUUCCAGUUAUGUAGCAGUGACUGUGAAAGUAAAACCAACAUUGUCAAAGUGAUUCGUUCAAUCUUACGAGAGAACUUUAGGCGUCAAAUAAAAUGUGAUCUGCCUUUGGAGAAAGCAUGUAAAAACCGGCUAGUUCUGCCUAAGAAUCGAAUUCCUGUUUCAGCAAAAUUGGCUUCCUCAAGAUCCUUGAAGUUACUAAAGAACUCUCCCAGUAAUGAAUGGAACACGGAUACAGCCAAAGGAAAUGAACUGGAUUCGGAUGACUGCAGCCUGAGCAGCAGUACUCCAAGCAGCAGCUGCCAUACCACUGACAGCCUCCUGGAAUCAAAAAGUUCCUCCCCUGUGAAGCACCUUCAGAACUGUGCCUCCGAUUUCUCAGGCAGCCCUGUCAAAGAAUCUGACAUUUUAAGUGAUGAGGAGGAUGACUAUCAGCAGAUUGUAAAGAAAGGCAGCCCCACAAAAGACAUAGAAAUCCAGUUCCAGCGACUUCAGAUUUCUGAGAAUGCAAGCCAUGAUGCCGAGGAAAAGUAUUCUUCGGAGAAAGAGAGUAUGGAUGAACAGAAGGGAGGAGAGCAUCCUAAACUAGUGCGUGCACACUUUUGCCCCAUUAAGCGCAAGGCAAACAGUAUAAGGCAGGAUAAAGGGAUGUUACUGGCAAUGCAAGAAAGGCAUCAGUCUCUUGACACUCAUCCUGAUGCUGGAAGUUUUGACUUGAAUUCUAUUUUAGAAAGGGAAUUUAGUGUACAAAGUUUAACCUCGGUGGUUAACGAGGAUUGUUUUUAUGAAACCGUAGAUAGGCAUGGGAAGUCCUAGUUUCCUGAACGCUGGUGUUUCCCCCAUCCCACAAGAUUUUAUUUACCAGUACAUAUUUUUCCUCAAACAGCUGGUUGUUAUAAAUAAGAACUGUUAGCUCUUCCAUUUAAUGCACUACUGUGUUUUCCCACAGAAUUAGUUGUAAAGGCUUAAGUUAUUUUAAUUUAUUACAGAAUAGACAAAUUAGAUUGAGGUGCCCUGUAAAUUAAUUCUGUAAAUUAAUCUAUAGCUUUUGACAAAAGUCAGAUUACAUUUUUAAAAUUAUGAAAAAGGGGGAUAAAACAGUAUGAUCUACAUCAUUUGACAAGAAUGCAAACAGCUUUGUUUGACCAUUUAAGUUUCAGUUAAAUUUUGCUUUAUUUAAAGCAGAAUUAAGUUAUUUUUAUUCAUUACAGAAAAAAUAAUGUUGCACUAUGAUGUAAUAUGUUGUUUAUACUUGAUUUAUAUAUAUGUAAAUAUGGAAGUCUGUACUGUAAUCUUGUAUUUUUAUUUUCUCUACAAGUUUGUACAGUAAAAUGUUCAAUGAUGUA